UGAUAAUAUAUGUCUCAUCCCACUGCAGCCAUGCCCUCUGUUUCUGGUGCUGCAUCCUUCGAAGAAGUUCCUUCUCCUUGCACAUCUGCAGCUAACCCAACAAAUGCAGAAGUCACUUGUGCUACAGCAGCUGUGAACAGUUGUGACAGGUUAUCUGCUGAUGGUGAAGAUAAGGAUGAAUCAUUCACUGAGACUCAGCUGGAGAACACAGACGAGACUCCUGAUGAGACGAAGUGGAUCCGUCCUGAUUUGCCCAGCAGAUGUACUUGGAAGCUGGCUGCGCCCAUGUCAGAGUCGCCUCAUAGCCACUCAGCAUGCACCAAGCCCUCUGGCAUCCUCCCCAGCAUCCUUGAGAAAAUUGGACACACACCUCUGGUUCGCUUGAACAAAAUCCCCAAAGAGUUUGGGCUCAAGUGUGAUAUCUUGGCCAAGUGUGAGUUCUUCAAUGCAGGAGGCAGUGUGAAAGACAGGAUCGCCCUGCGCAUGGUGGAGGACGCCGAGAGAGCCGGGGUCCUUAAACCAGGAGACACCAUCAUCGAGCCCACCUCUGGAAACACGGGUAUUGGCCUCGCCCUCAUAGCUGCAGUAAAAGGCUACCAUUGCAUCAUUGUGAUGCCUGAGAAGAUGAGCAUGGAGAAGGUGCAUGUCCUGCAAGCUCUUGGGGCAGAAAUUGUCCGCACACCCACAGCUGCAGCUUUUGAUUCACCAGAGUCUCAUAUACGUACGGCCUGGCGUCUGAAGAACGAGAUCCCCAACUCGCACAUCCUCAACCAGUAUCGCAAUGCAAGCAACCCCCUGGCUCACUACGACACCACGGCUGAGGAGAUACUGGAGCAGUGUGAUGGUAAAUUGGACAUGUUGGUGGCCGGAGCCGGCACGGGCGGCACGCUCACUGGUGUUGCUCGAAAGUUAAAGGAAAGAUGUCCAAAUGUCAAAAUAGUCGGUGUGGAUCCUGAAGGCUCUGUUCUGGUUGGCUCAGAGGAGAAAAGUGAAAAGGUUCCAUUUGAAGUGGAAGGUAUUGGAUAUGACUUCAUCCCCACAGUACUGGACAGAUCUAUUGUGGAUGUUUGGUACAAAUCAACCGACACAGAAACGUUCCUUAUGUCCCGCAAACUGAUCAGAGAGGAGGGUCUUUUGUGCGGUGGCAGCUCUGGCUCAGCGAUGGCAGCAGCUGUGAAGAUGGCUCAGCAGCUGGAGGAGGGGCAGCGCUGUGUGGUCAUCCUGCCUGACUCUGUCCGCAACUACAUGUCAAAGUUCCUGAGCGAUCAGUGGAUGUGUGAGAAAGGCUUCCUCUGCUUGGACGCUCAGAUGGACCCAAAACCCUGGUGGUGGAACCGGACUGUUCAGAGUUUACACCUGUCUGCCCCCCUCACUGUCACACAUUCUGUGUCCUGCCAGAAAACCAUUGAGAUCCUAAAGGAGAACUCACUGGAUCAGGCACCAGUCGUCACUGAGUCAGGGGCCAUCCUGGGAAUGGUGACUCUGGAAACCAUUCUGUCCUCUCUGUUGGCGGGGAAGGUUGAACUUUCAGCGGCUGUUAGCGCGGUGCUCCUCAAAGCCUUCAAACAGGUGCACCUGACAGACGACCUGGGGAAGCUUUCCCAUAUCCUCAAAACUGAUAACUUUGCCCUGGUGGUUCACAAUCAAACGCAAUACGGGGUCGAUGGGUCGGCCCUCCAGAGGGAGAUUUUAUUUGCUGUCGUGACAGCGAUUGACCUUCUCUCCUACAUCACCACACACGAGGGGCAGGACUGCAACCAUCAAAGUCAGGCAGUGUAACCCAGUGACUGUGUCCUGUUUAACGUGGAUUUUACUUCCUGUUCAUUGAGAGACAGCAAACGAUCACCUGUAGUGUCACUGAAAUAAUCAUAAUAAUAAUGAUGAUGAUAAUAAUAAUAGAGCUCCAGAGAGGACAGAGAAGUUGUAAAGCACUAUUCAGAGCUAUCUUUGUUCUUUUUUUAAACACUGUGCAUCUUGUAAUGAGUGAAAAAUCUCCAGUUAAAGGGCAGCUUAGUUUUUUUUUGGAGGGACGUUACCAUCAUCUUUCUGAAACUUUAUCACUCUUUUCUCUUACAAUACAGUAAAAAUAUUUCUAUUCUUUGCAUUUUUUUCCUGCCACACAUAAUGUCUUUUUUAAGUGUGGUGCCUUUGUGUUUAGUGUUUUUUCUUUUUUUGUACAUGUUUUUAUCAAUUUGCUUUAUUUGCUCCGUGUAAGUCACUUAGCAUUAGCCAAGAAGUUAGUUUAUACAUUUAAAAACUAGCAAACCAACAUAACCUAAAUUUGACUAAGAGAAACCUACGUUGAUAAAAUAGUUUAUUAUGUUGUAUAAAUGAAUAUAGAUACAAUUAUGUCCAGAAGUAUGAUAUAAACAGAGGCAUAUUUUGUUUCUUCUGUGUCCCUCACAAUGCAAAGCAUAUAACAUCAUGACAAUGUUAUUGGUCAGUUACAAUGUUGAUCAUGGACCAACAUUAUGAUGAUGAUGCAGAAACGGCACCAAUAGGAGAUAUCAGAUGUUGUUGGUGUUGUGCCAAAAAAGCCAAACAAUGAUUUCUGCUGUUCUCGUGUGCUUUUUAUGUCUAAUAUUUACUUACAUUGUAAUUAGACUGUAGUGAACGGGGUUUAUUAUGUGGUUAUAUAGAAAAUAAAGAAAUAACCUGUUUUGCAAACAUUUUAUGACUCUGC